ACCUACCCAAAAGAAGAGGAGGCGGAAAAAGGCACAUGGGUGUAUUUAUAGAAAAAUUAGGCCCUUUUUGGAGAGUGAAUUAUUAAGUGAAGUGCGCGGGUGCAAGCGUCCCAGUUUUCUGAUUAACACGGCGAGCAUCUUGGGCCCAGGAUGAGACGGACGACUAACUCCUUCACAAACACACGGAGAAGCUGGACUCGCUUUUCAUGGACGUUGUCAUUCUAUUUAUGGGGCUUUGGGUCAAGGGGUGAUCAGGUUGAUUAUUUGGGAAGACAAACUGGAUUUACAAUUAGACUGUGAAGAUGAAGAAAUUUUUGCAAAACAAAAAAGGCAGAUCGUCAUUGCGUCAGCCCAAACGGAGUCAAUCCAAAGAUUUCUUCCUCAGCAUGCCGACAUCCAACCAGGGCUGGCCUGAGGAAUUUGGAUUCCAGGUUGGCGGUAAUGGACCAAGCUACAUCUUGUCCGUAGAGGAAGGAAGCAGUGCCCAGUUGGCCGGCCUUCAAGCCGGAGAUCAAGUGUUGGAAAUUGAAGGCCACGAUGUGUCGACGCUGGGGCCGCAAGCUGUCAUUGCCAUCGCUCAAACUCAGAAGAACAUCCCUCCCAGCAUUGGAGUCGUGUCUCGCAUACAGCAGAUGGACAUCACACCAGGCGCUGAUGGUCGUUACGGUUUCACCAUAGUAGGAGAUCGCCCCCUGCUGGUGGAGGACUGCUCCCCCUUCUCCCCGGCCGGCCGUGUGGGUUUGAGGGCAGGCGAUUGCGUCAUGGAGGUCAACGGCAUCCCCGUCAGGCAGCACGAGAUGGCUGCGGCGCUCAUCAAGUCCACCCAGGGGAGGACGUUACGCUUGGGUGUGCUAGGUCUCGGUGCGAAGCAAAAAGCCAGCAUCGGCGUCGAAGAAAAUCAGAUAGGAGGGGAAAACCCAAAAGCGGACCGUAAACACAAGGCUCUGGAGUUCAACAGGAUGGUUGAGCGGCUUUUAAGCGACGACCCAAAUGUGAAGGAGAAACUUUUCAGCGUGUUGAAGCAAUACGCAGCGGAGAAGAAUGUCGACUGGUUGGCCUCCGUCUUGCCCGAAAUCCUCAUCACUGAUGACCAACGUCAGCUGAUCUCCAGUAUCAGAAUCUUCAUUCCCAAGAAGCACCGGCAGCGCUUCGACGAGUCCGUCUCUCAGAACGUAAUCAACAGGCUGUGCCGCAGUAAGAGCAUCAGCGAACCGCAAGGAAGAAUCCGUCGCAGCCGGAGCGAGGAUCACUCGGACCGUCACCGCGGAACCAAACGGGCCAGUUCGGUGCCCCGGGAUGGAGGGGAGCCCGGUGGGAGGGGCGAGGGGGAACGAGAUAGAAGCCACAGGAAGUCGGUCUCCGGGGUACAGACACACCCCCCUAUUGGACCUAAUCAAAGGCUCAUUCGUGUCUACAGAGGCAAAAAGACUUUCGGCUUCACGCUGCGAGGUCACGCUCCAGUCUGCAUCGAUUCAGUCAUUGCAGAUAGUCCUGCUGAAGAAUGUGGACUAAAACCAGGUGACCGCAUCCUCUUUCUCAACGGACUGGACAUGAGGAACUGUUCCCAUGAAAAAGUGGUGUCAAUGCUGCAGGGCAGCGGUGCCAUGCCCACCCUGGUUAUAGAAGACGGUCCGUCUGAUUACUCCUCAGACCCGACAGACCCGGAGGAAACUCCGACUCUGUCUUCCAACACUUUGCCGCGCUCGAGAUCUCCUAUCCUGAGCUCCCUCCAAUGGGUGGCGGAGAUCCUUCCACCCAGCAUUAAAGUCCACGGGAGGACAUUUAGUCAGCAGUUGGAGCACUUGCUGACAAUCCAGGAGCGCUACACAGUCUGUAAGGCCUUGGAGACUUUUUUCCAGCACAGGAAUUUGGAUACGCUUAUCGUCGAUGUGUUUCCAGUAUUGGACACGCCGGCGAAGCAGCUGAUUUGGCAAUUUAUUUAUCAAUUGCUGACUUAUGAUGAGCAGGAACGUUGUCAAAGCAAGCUGUCGCGUUUUCUGGGUUUUAAAAGCAGUGCUGUUUUAGAUCCUGACGCCAGUUCGGAGCACCAUCGGAGGAGCAGCUCCGUGCGAAUAUCCGGCACGUCGUUUCGUGGCGGAGUGCGAGAAAGAAGUUCGGAUGACUGUAUCAUCGGAACGCACUUGGGAAUGGGAAUUCAUGUGGAUGAAUGUGGCAGUCAAGAGGAGAGGCAGUCAGGAGAUGGAACCUCCUUCCCUGAGUCUCCUGACCUCAGUCACAUGUCAGGCGUGUACACAGAGCUGGAGAAUGUGUACGCAGGGAAGAGCGUGUCCCCAUUGCACGGGGGCACCCCGGCGGAGUCCGAGGGGCCGGGACAGACCGAGGCUUACGGCCGCUCUCUCUCCCCCCUCACUCUCCCCCCUCUCGCAGGUAACCGUAAAUCGGGCUUGUCCCUCACCUGGAAGGAGCCCCUCCCAACCAGCGUCUAUGGGAUGCAGCAUCAAAGCAGCGUGGAAUCCAACCCCUACGUCAGCUUAGAGAGCCCCCCGACUUCACCCCAACACAGCCCCGGCACGUUGGGCCGCCGCAAAAAGCUCUUCACCUUUUCCCGCCCGCCCCGAAGCCGCGACACCGACAAGUUCCUCGAUUCCCUCAGCGAGCAACUUGGCCACCAGGUCAAUUUGGUGAACGACUACGUGCCGGGCGAGAACGACUAUGAGGAGAUAUAUCAAGGUGCUUGUUUCAGAAGAAGAAGUGUACCUAUGAGCUUCCCAGAAGAUCAGGACAUGGGCUUCAUGCAUCGGCAGCUCAGUAGUGGCAGCAGUGAGGAGCACAGUAGCAGCGAUGACGUUUCUUCCCCCUGCUACUCUUCUGGCUCCGAGCACAUCCCCCCUCCCCCUGAGCAGAGCCCCCCGCCUCCUCCACCCUUCCAGGUCUUGUUCCCGCCUCCAGUCCAGUUCACAGAUCCCGUCCCACCCGCCCGUUUCUCCCCGGAACACGUCCCGCGCAGUCGGAUGCCUUUCCAUCCUCAUCACCCCAUCAUCCCCCCUCCUCCGCCCCCUUUGAGGACCCUCCUGUCCAAUCGCUCUCCCCUCCACAAGGUUCCGCCCGCCAGGGAGGACGCCACCGGACGGCGUUUCCAAACACUAUCCCACGGCCGCACCACCUUCACCACCACCACAAUCCUGCGAUCAUCCCGCCCCGGCUACCUCCCCCGCCAGCUCAGCCAACCCCAACCCAUUUGCCAGCCGUCCCCCAAGCCGUCCCCUCAGACGUUGCGGCCCAGCCAGCUAGUCCUGCACAGGCACCAUCAGCUCCACCACCAACACAGCUACCAAGGGCCGAUGCCCCCGUCCCUCGAAGAUCAUAACCCAACGCAGGGUCACAAACAAGACCCUGCCUCAUUUCACAAAUCCCACGUCACCCUCUCCAGCCACACCCUCAGACAAGACCCGGACUCCCAGCAGGCUGCUCCACCUCCUCCACCACCUUUGCCCCCACCCUGCGCGCCACCCCCUCUGCCUAAACCAGGUCAAGCCUCGGACACCAACCACAUGAGCGUGAAGAGGCUGCGCUGGGAGCAGGUGGAGAACUCGGAAGGCACCAUCUGGGGUCAGCUCGGAGAAGAUUCCGACUAUGACAAGCUGACAGACAUGGUGAAGUAUUUGGACCUUGAUCAACACUUUGGAACUCAACGCCGAUCCAUGUCUCCAUCAGAGCCGACCUUCCUGCCUGAGAACUUUAAAAAGAAAGAUGUUGUGGAAAUUCUGUCUCACAAGAAAGCCUACAAUGCAUCCAUCCUCAUCGCCCAUCUGAAGCUCUCCCCCGACGAGCUCCGCCAGGUCCUGAUGGACAUGACCACCGACAGGCUGGAGCCCGCCCACAUCAAACAGCUGCUCCUCUACGCCCCCGACGAGGACGAAGUCAAAAAGUACGAACAGUUCGACCAGGACCCGGCCAAACUCAGCGAACCCGACCAAUUUAUUUUCCAGAUGCUGAUGGUGCCCGAGUAUAAAACCCGUCUGAGGAGUCUCCACUUCAAGACCACCCUGCAGGAGAGGAUGGAAGAAAUGAAGGUGGCCUAUGAUUACAUCUACAAGGCUUCAGUGGAACUGAAGACCAGCAAAAAAUUGGCCAAAAUACUCGAGUUUGUACUUGCAAUGGGGAACUACCUCAACAACGGUCAACCCAAGAGUCACAGGACAACCAGUUUCAAGAUCAACUUCCUCACCGAGCUCAGCACGACCAAAACGGUGGAUGGGAAAUCGACUUUCCUCCACAUUCUGGCCAAGUCUCUGUGCCAGCAUUUCCCAGAGCUUCUUAACUUUUCCAGAGACCUCACCACGGUGCUUCUGGCAGCCAAGGUGAACCAGAGGGUGGUGACCACAGAGCUGAGCGACCUUCACGCCACCAUCCAGGACAUCAGAGCGGCUUGUUUGAAAAUCCCUCUCACCUCUGAGGACCACUUUGCUUCUGUCAUGAGUAGCUUUCUGGAGAACAGUCACCCUGCAAUCCAGUCUCUGGAGUCACUGCAGAGCAGAGCUAUGGAGGAGUUCUCCAAAGUGGCUUCUUUCUUUGGAGAAGACGGCAAGAGCACCAGCACAGAUACAUUUUUUGCCAUUUUUGCAGACUUCAUUUCGAAAUUUGAGAGGGCCCUCAAUGAGACCCAGACACCGGAGAACCCAAAAAGUCCCAGAUUAUCAUCCCCUCUGGCUUGGUAGAUACAACGCAGUCCGAUUCCCACAACCAAAGUGCCAAAAAUCACACAUGAGACUGGUGACGCCACAAACAAACCAAGAGUCACUUCUUCUGCAGAAAGAAUGUCCAACAUCCAUGUGGGAGAUCAAGGGUUGCCCUCUUGUGGAAGAGAGUUGUUAUUGCAGGUGCUCAGUACAACUGUCCUAAAAAUCAGCCUUUGUAAUUUAUACUACAACAGAUGAUAGCCUAGAUAGCAACAGAUAUUUAUUGUAAGAAUAUAAAAAAUAUAUUUUGUGAUGUAAGAAAUUAGCAGGUAAUUCAUGACAGUUUGAAAAUAGGAAAGUUUAGGUUUAGGGUGUCAAG